GCGAUAUUGAUAUCUACAAUGCUGAAUGCUAUAUGGCAAGACGACAAGCACACCAAACGAGGCAACACCGCAGCACAUACGACACAGGCGUGUACCCAAACUGCCACAUGCCGUAUCGCGUCCCGCUCUGCAUCAAGGAGUGUACCGCCUCGGACUGCCCAAGAGAACGGUAUGGCCUCCGGUUACUCCGGCGCAGUAUCCUUGGCAGACCCUUUGAACAGCAACAACAAUGCGCCAUAUAUCUCCGGCGCCACUGGCACUGGGGAGCACUCGUGAGGGCGCCACCAUGUCUCGGUGGGCGUUCGAACGUGCAAGGGGCAGACACAGCGCAGAAGACAAGUGCACGGUGCGGCGGUGCACCGCCAGCCACUGAAAAGUGACGUUUUGUGCCGCCGUUCUCCAAAGCUUCCUCCGACUCUGAAGUGCUUAACGGCCUGCUCUACGCCACGGUGAUCGUUCCACACCUGGGACCGAGUGAUAGUGACAUAUCGCAGGUAGACAAUGGCGAACGUCGCAGGAUGACUACACUGGAGAUGUUGCUUCUAGAAAGAAGUGGCCCCGAGGUGCUAUAGCCAGGCGGAGAAGACGAGCGGAAGCAGAAGGUAUGUGGAAGUGGGCUCGUUAGCUUGGCAAGACGUCUCUGCUGUAGGCUGUGUAAUGCGGCUAA